GAUAUACACCGUGUGCAGCUACAUCAUCUUCAUCAUUGUGUCUCCUGCGUAUGGUGCCCACGCAGAUAUUCUGGGACCUUCGAAUAUCGUAAGAGAAGUAAGCGCAGGCGUGGGCCAGAUUGGCGGCGAAAGUAUUUAAGAAGUCAACGGGCCUUCGAGAAGGCCACUUGCUCUGUAAACUGUCACCUACAUAUUAUAUCAGUACAUAUAGAUAGUAUAUACAGCACUCCUCGAAGAGUCCUGGUGAACUACUCCCACCCUGACAAUCAUUACCGCGCUCUGCUAAGGUAGUGCGCUAAUAUCUACUAGCGACAGAAGUACAGAAGUGCCAGUCGAAUUCAGUGCUCGGUUUUGAACAGGUCGCGAUCGAUGAACUCCGUCUGCACGACGUUAGUGUAACGUGACUUGUUGUAAGGUACCGAAAUCGAUCGGGAUAUACCCGAUGACAAGAUCCAGGUACCAGGUGUAAUUUGCAAUUAGUCUAUCUUGUUGUCCCGGCUACGAAGUACUAUUUGUGUUUUAAUGUUAAUUGAAUUCCUGGCGCUGGAACGUUUUUAGGCGGAACCCGGUACUUUUCAUUAAAUAGCAUGGAAGAACUUGAAGUACAGCAGGAAUCACGAGACAGGCUGGGUAAAUUGACAUUUACACCGCCGCCGAUGAAGAAGUCCGAUACCCGGGAUAGUAUAUCGUCUGUGGAUAGUGAUCUGAGUCUGACUUUUGACCGCAGAGGAUCACGAGGUGAAGAAGCCGAUCUUUCUGACAGCGCAAGUUCAGAUUCUGAAAAUAAGAUAUCUGAGAAGAGAGUAGUGGACGAGGGUACCGUAUCUUUUGAAGAUAUUGUGGCACGUACUCCUGGUGAAGUUCCUGAUAAUAGUGAAAAGAUCACUGCUAAAGAGAGUCAAGGUCAGGCACCUGCAGAUGAGGAAUUCAUACCGCCCAGUGAUGAACUUGCCGAUAAGAUUUGCGCCCAGGUUGAGUUCUACUUCAGUGAUGAAAAUAUUGUCAAAGAUGCGUUUCUUCUAAAGCAUGUAAAGAGAAACAAAGAAGGUUAUGUUUCGCUGAAGCUCAUCUCUAGCUUCAAGAGAGUCAAACACCUUAGCAGGGAUUGGCGUGUUGUUGGUGCUGCUCUCGCUAGGUCUAAGAAGCUUGAGGUGAAUGAACCAGGGACCAAACUUAGAAGAUUGGAUCCGUUACCGCCAUUCGAUCAGACGGCUCCUUCAAGGACGGUAUUAGCUGCUAGACUACCCGUUGAAAAACUUUCUGUAGAAGCUGUUGCUGAACUCUUUAGACCAUGUGGUGAAAUUGCACUGAUCAGGAUACUCAGACCAGGUCACCCAGCACCUGCUGAGGUGCGCCAAGCCAUCGCCAAGAGACCAGAAUUGGCGUCUAGUGAAGAAUGCGCGCUUGUUGAGUUCACGGAUUCUGCGUCUGCGCGAGCGGCUCUUAGGAUGGACUUUGGUGAUGCCAGGAUUUAUGAACUGCAACAACCUAGUGAUAAGAAGAAGAAACAGCAAACCUCAUCAACGAAGAAAAAUACCGUGGCUAGACUAGCCAGAGAAGAGGCCUGUCAUUCUUCAAGUUGUGCCAGUGGUUCUGAAGCUGAAGAUAGUAGAACCCGACAUAGGAGACCCAUUCACAAUCAUCCAGUUUAUCCCAUGUAUCCGGGACACGCUUAUCAAAGUCCACCUUCCCCAGAAGCCUGGCUUUCUCGUAGACUGUCUUCAUGUUCCAUGUCUGGAUCAGAAAAUGGUUACAUACUUCGUAGGCUAUCCUCAUGUUCUGGCUCAGGAUCAGAUACUGGAAGUUUUAGCAGAAGGUUCUCAACAUGUUCAUCAGGUUCCGAAAAUGGGAACUACUAUCAUCAUAUGUAUUCUUCACCAUACUAUCCUCAAAGUAGGAGAUCAUCAUGCUGUCCAGCUACUGGCACUACUAAUUUUCCUGACUGUAAUGGUGGUACAGGAUUCAAUCCAGGAAGACGAGGAUCUGCAGACUGUGGACCAUUCCUCCGCAGACUAUCUGCCUGUAGUCGCGAUUCAGGUUUUGAUGCAACAACUAGAAGAUUCUCUUCAUGUUCUUCUUCUGGUUCAGAAAGUGGCUUCUUUGUAAGAUCUAGGAGUAACAGUGGUUUGGUAAUGGCCCACUUACCUGAAAAUAUAACUAGGAUGCCAUCAGGUCCUGAUGGUACUCGUGGUUUUGGAAGACCACUCCAAACAAAAAUAAACCAUCACCUUCAUCAAGUUACGACCCUACCACCUAUUACAAAUGCUGUACCUGCAGCAAAUCCUAUUGAUGGAAUGACUUGUUAGAUUUAACUUAUUUAUUUCACCUAGUGAGUUCUUUAGAAGGUACUAAGAUCAGAAUUAUUUCUUUGUUUAUGAUUAUGCGAGUACCAGGAAGUUAUUGUUAUUUAUUCACAUCAGGUUUAUUUAUUCCUUUCAAAUUUUCUAUUUGAUUAAACAAUGUAUAGUUAGUACAAAACCUCUAUCGUGUGGUUUAUACUGUUCAAAAAAAUAUAUAUACAUGCAUUAAU